AGUCGUGUCUGGAGGAGUGACAUAGGCCUAUUUAUUGAUACACCUCUACAUAUUUUUGCAGACUGCCAUGGCGAACAUGCUGUUUUUCUUGAAGCAACGGGCUGGUACCUUUCCGUAUCGGCAACUUACACCAAUAAUUACUCACUUUAAAAAUCAAGCUAUUGCCUGUGAUGUAAACAAGACUAACCAGAGUGAGCAGAUGCAUUUGUAACAGUUUUUCUGGAUGUUCCGCUAAUUACACUUAUUUUUCAUUUCGCUUACUUCCGGUUAAUGAUGCUAUUGUCUCUGUGCUACCCCGCCGUUCAGUUUAAAAAUAAUCACUAAACAGGUCUACUUAGAAUUAUUAAUUAUUACUAGUGAUCAGAGUUUACCUACUUUUCUUUGGACUGCCUCCUAUUACAUUCAUUUAUCUAGAGUAGGGCUAGGGUGACCAAAUGUCCCGUAAAAAUGGGAUUGUCCCGUUUUUUUUCACGAUCGUCCCGGGGUCCCGAAAAAGUCGGUAACUUCAAGUAAUAUUUUGGCUAGCUGUGUAUAGAUACUUUGAUAACAAAUUGAAACUUUUUAAAAAAAUAAAACAAUGUCAUAGUUGAAUAGAGCUAAUUUUUAAAAGAAUUAUAAUACCAAAAUCAUAUUUUUAGCUGUUGUAGUUUUAAAGUUAUGAAUUUUUAAAGUAGGACUUAAUUUGUCCUUUUUAACACCAUGGACCACAUCUCCAUUUUCUGGGACACAAUUCCGCUGUUCGCGUCACGAGCUAUAUAACUCUUGUUUUAAUGAUAAUUUUAUUUUCAGAACUAAUGCUGCAUUAAAAAAAUUAGUUUUAUAAUUUUAACAAUUAUAGAUAAAUUGUAGCCAUGACGUCAUUGCGUGUUUAUUUAAUUUUUGUGCAGGAGUCAUUCCCCUUUGUUGAUUUUAUUGUUGGAGGAAGUGCUGAGGGUUUUUUAACCUCAAAUUAAAAUAUUAUUCUUAAAUUCAAUAACAUUCAAAUUCAUUCUAAAACAUAAGUUAUCAAAUAUUUUGAUGCAAAUAGUGGAAAUAAUUAAAUAUUUCCUAAGUAACGGCAUCUUCCGUCACUGAAAGGGGGGCGUGGCCACUUCCUUAUCGAAAUUGGGCUGAGCUACAUUACCAUUUAGGGGUUUACUCAAGUGAGCAUAACAAGUGACCGACAUGUCCUAACUCAAUGAGAAUUGAAACAAAUAGACAUCGAUAGCUAAUACAGAAUAAUACUUUUUUUUAAAGACAUAAAAGUUGAACUUCUAUACCAAUUUUAUAGUGAAAGAUAUUUAAAGGGGAAUCUCAAAAUACAGGUCGAUUGAAAAAUUAAAACAAAUCAAUGUAAAUGUAGCAAAGAUGUCUACCUAAAUAUAAGGCCAGAAACGGAAACAGAAAAUAGUUAAAAUGAGCAUAUUUCAAUAAACACUUUUGGGUUGAGGCCUCCCGGACUCCUCUUUAGCUGGAGGGUAUCCCCUAAAACCCUACUUGGGUGAGUCACGUUUUUUCCAGUUCAUGAUUUGGUCACCCUAAUCUAGACCCCUUCCAAAAUUAGAUUUACCAUUCACACCCUGUUCCAAAUGCCACAUUCACAUUAUAUUAUAUUAAUUUAUGUUCUGGUGAAAUUGAAUUACUACAAAUUAAUAAUUAAUAUUACGGUAUACCUAAUAAUUUACUAUAGUAUAGAAUUCUAUACUAUAGUAUAUACUAUAUUAAUUAGACAAAAAGCUUUACAAUUCAGGUUACAAUUUUGAGGUAAGGUUUGUACCUAACAAAAGGUGUAUCCGCCACUCACCCACACCCUUUUUAGCUUUUUUAUAUUUUUUAUAACAAAUCACAAUGUCAUGUUCCUUUCUGUUCUGAAGCACCCACAGAUUUUUACUAAGCCCGGUUAUCAUUUAGCCUACUGUUUAAGAGUCUUUCAGAUUAUUUAAGUUAAACAAAAAUAUAUAAAUACGCUGCCAUGCAAAUGGAAUUCUCAUUUUUUUUAAAAACCUAUUUCUUGAAUAACUAUUAUAUAAAUAAAAUUAUGAUUAAAUUGACUUAAAUUUUAUUAACAAACAGGUUUUGAACGGGAACAACCGUCAUCACAUUCAGCUGAAGAUCAUGUUUCUGAAAGACUCAAAAUUAUCCAAUCAACUUUUGGUCAGGUUCAAUUUAAAAACAAGAUUUUCUUAAAAGGAAACAAACAGGUUGGACAUAACUUUUACAUUUUUUGUUUGUUUAAUCAGAUGAAAAACAAAUGCAGAUGAAAAAACUGGUUUUCAGAAAAUUUGAAACCAUUAUAGAAGUGUCUAAGUCAUUUUUAUGUUUCAAUUCAAUUUUGUUGAAGUUAAUUAAAUAAUUUUGAGAUAAAUGCAUACAUUGAGCUACCUACAGGGCCUAAUAUUGGAGUAGAAUAAGUCACUGCCAAGCAAGUACGAGACGACUUAUUGUAUCAUGCUUUGCAUUUGGCUAGCAACCCAUUCAUUGCAAGAAAUUCAGCUACCGCUACGAAAACAUCCACAACCAAUAAAUUUUUGCCACACCCAGCGAGGGAAGGUCCUCAUAAGGGGACUACGAUGCAGGUUAGCCAAACACAAAAGGAAGCCAACUUGCUGACUUCCUGUCUAAUGCUGAUGAAAAUUUUCAGGAUUGGUACCUGGAAUGUUAGAACUAUGUGGGAGGAGGGGAAGACAUAACAAGUAAUUAUGGAACAGAGGAGAUACAGAGUAGACAUCUUAGAAAUAAGUGAAGCAAGAUGGACAGGAAAUGGAUCCACCAAACUAACAUCUGGAGAGACCAUUUUAUACUCUGGUCAUGAAGAAAAAGAUGCCAGAGCAGCUCUGAUACUGUCAUCUGCUGAAAAGAAGGCUGUGAUUGAAUGGAUAAUCAACCUAAAUGUCAUCCAAAUUUAUACACCAACAAAUGACAAAUAGGAGACGAUAUUAGACGAUUUCCAUCAAAAACUUCAGUAUCAUUAUUAUCAUAUUAUCAUGGGGGAAUUCAAUGCCAAAAUAGGAAACAAUAAUACUGGCUUUGAAGAAUUAAAGGGAAGACACAGAUUAGGAAACAUGAAUGAAAGUGGAGAGAUGUUUUCAGACUUUUGUGCAAAUAAUCACCUGGUAAUAGGAGGCAGCUCAUUUCCACACAAGUAGAUCCUUAAGGUGACCUGGAUAUCACCAGACUAUGAGACCCAAAACUAGAUUGAUCACAUAUGUAUCAAUAAAAAGUUCAGACACUCACUGCCAGAUGCAUGAGCCUAUAGAGGAGUAAACGUUUUAUCUGACCAUAAAUUGGUGAUAGCGAAAGCAAUGCUAAAACUAAGACAGAAUAUCAUCCAAAAGAAAAGACAGCGCUAUAAUACAGAUUUCCUUAAAGAUCCAGAAAGGCAAAAAAGAGUGGAAUAACGGUAUCAAACAGAUUCGAGGCUGUGCAACAGCUCGAGAACAUAAAUGGAGACGGAGAAGAUCAAUGGCAAGAUAUUAGAGGGAUUUGUACAAACACAUGCAAAGAAGUAUAAAGGAAAAAAGAAUAUCAAACUAAAGAGUAGUUCUCAAAAAAGAAACAGAUAAAAUUAAAGAGAGGAAAAGACAGAAGAUCAUUUAUUUAGAGAGCAAAACAAGAGCAGCAAAAGUGACUGAAUUGAUAACUAAACAAAUGCCAAUAAAGAGGUUACAAAGACUAUGAGGAAGGAUAAAAGGAGAUUUAUUGACGACAUUGCCAAAGAGGCUGCAUCAAAGGGUAACCUAAAGGACCUGUACAAUGCAACAAAGAGGCUGACGGGAAAGUUUCAUCAACAAAGCUGGGAAAUCAAAGACAAAUGGUGGAAAAACCUAACUAACAAAGAAGAACAAAAGAAAGGAUGGUUAGAAUAUUUCAAAGAGUUAGGAAAUAUAAAGGUGAACUCACAAAGCCAUUUAUGACAGAAUCUGGAAUUUGACAGGGAUGCCUCUUUCUGGUACCCAUUGACUGUAUCAAAAGAGAAACUAUGCAGGAUGGGGAAAAUGGAAUCCAGUGGACACCUUUCAGACAUUUGGAGGAUUUGGAUUUUGCAGAUGACAUCACACUUUUAUCCCACAGUCAUAAACAAAUGCAGGAGAAAACAAAUAAAUUUGACUCUGUAUUUCAGCAAGUUGGAAUUGGCAUAAAUAAAGGGAAAACAAGACCUUAAGAAUAAGCAGAUGAUGGGGUCAUUGGGAUUAACUAGAGGAGUGUCUCUUGAAGACGUUUAAACUUUUACAUACCUGGGAGGCAUCAUAAAUAAAAAUGGUGGGACAGAUAAGGACAUAAAGUCUAGAGUCUAAAAGGCCAGAGGAGCAUUCAAUGCCCUGGGAAACAUUUGGAACUUGAGUGAAAUAAUAACAACAAAAAAGUUAAAAAUAUUCAACACAAAGGUCAAGGCACUUCUUCUGUAUGGCUGUGAAACUUUGAGAACAGCAAAAACAAACAUUAAAAAAAUGUAGAUGUUUAUAGACAGAUGCUUGCGAAGGAUCCUCAAAAAAGUGAUUGUACAAAAUUUGUAACACUGUCCUUUGGGAGAGAACUUCAAGUGUUCCAGUGGAAAAGAGAAAAUGGAGAUGAAUAGGGCACACUUUAAGAAAACCAAACACUAACAUCACAUUACUGGCCCUGAACUGGAAUCCUCAAGGUACCAGAAAAAGAGGAAGAUCAAGAGGCACAUGGAAGAGGGGAUUUGAGGCAGAGUGAAGAGAAUGAAGAGUUGGGCUGAACUAGCAAAGAUAGCCCAGAACAGGGACAGUUGGAAAAGUACUGUGGAUGGCCUAUGCUUUAUUGGUAGUGAGAAAAGCUUAAAAGAAGAGGGGCAUGCCAGAGAAUAUUAUUUUAUCCAAGAGGAAAUAUUGCUUGGGGAAAAAAAGUAGCAUUUUUUUUAAAAUGCUAUAAAUCUAAAGAAAACAAUCUACAAGUUGUUUCCAUCUAGUUGAUUUUCAUUUAGAUGCAGAUCUUUAAAAUCUAAAUUUGAAGCUAAAAGAAAAACAUCUGAUCUUAAACCUAAUGUUCAUCUGUAAUUUUAGGAGGGUGCUCAAUUUUUAAAUGAUGUGAAACAAGUGUAUGAGUUCUUUCACUUGAUUACCAAAAAAAAAAAAUGUUAUGAUGCAUUUACCUAAUUUAUUCUUCGAUAUAUCUCUGCAUUUGUUCCCAAAUUUCCAUGACUGAACUUGAUGUUUCUUUGAGUUUUGUAAGCAUUAAUUAAAUUGGAAAGUAGCAAAUAAAAGAAUUAUCAGUUUAAAAAUGUGUGGAUCACAUUGCACUUAAAUUAAUGUAAAGAUAUUUGGAAGUAUGUGAAAAUUUGUUUUAAAAAAUGCAUCCAAAAAACUGUUGAUUUUUUUGUACCCAAGGCCUCAAGACUGUCAACACUGAACUGGUUGCCAAACAAUCAUCAGAAUGGAAGAUUCCUGGAUGGUUUGUUUGGUUAUGGAAGACAUGACGUCCUUGCUUAUUUGAAGCGUAGUCUUGGGCCUUUGUCUGUUAACUACUCUGGUCAACAUUUGAUACCUGUUCGUUACCAUUCAAUUCCUUCUGAAUUACCUGUAAGUAGAAAAACCAUAAAGUUUGUGAGUUAAUUGUCAAUAAAGUUUAUUUCUAAUGUACCAGUAGGUGACUUUGUUUGCAUGGUAAUUUGAUUACCUAUAAUGAGGGUAAAAUCUUUUUAUUUUAAAAGAAAGUCUGCAUGUGUAAAAUAUCUAAAACAAAAUUAAAUGUUGAGAAUAAGAUUUUUACAAGUUUAGAUGGAUAAUACAUUUCUUUGCCAAAGAAUUAUAUCCUGAUACUAACAUUAAGCAUAAAGUGUUUACAGUCUCUAUAGCUUACACAUGUUUUUAAGUAAAAGAGUUUUCAUUGAAAGGGUUACACUCCACCUGUUGACAAGCUUGGUGCAACUUUCACUAGAGACUUGAACAAUGAAGAUGUGGAAAGGAUUAAAUACAUCGCUAAAGAACACUUCAAAUCACUACUUGAGGCCAACAAAGUCAAAUAUAAAAAAAGUAAAUCUAGCCCGUCUACCAAAGGUUGGUUGAUAUUAAUUUAUCAUUAUUCAAUUUCUUUUUAAAGUCAUGCGAGUUUCAAAUGGUUUUUCUGUUUUUGCAUAUUUCUGGAAUCAAGAAAAUGCAGCACACUCAAAAGUAAUACAAUUUUCCUAUACCCUAAAUGUCGUUUUUUCUAAGGUUUAUGUGAAUCAUAUAGAGAGGGAAAUAUUCUUAAGGUGAAGAAUUUAUGAGUUUUAUUAUUAAAACCACAUAAUCCCCUUUCCCACCUCUACCCUACAUAAUUUGCUAAAAACUGAAUUUGAUAAGUGCUUGGUAAAUUGAAAAAAAAAAAAACAGUACAUGUGUUAGUUGAUUUAUGACCUUUUUUAUAUUUAUUUAAAUUUGUAAAUUGCAUUUCAAAAAAAACAAAAACAGUGAAGUAACAAAAUUAAAGAUAGAGGGAAAUAUUCUUAAGGUGAAGAAUUUAUGAGUUUUAUUAUUAAAACCACAUAAUCCCCUUUCCCACCUCUACCCUACAAAAUUUGCUAAAAACUGAAUUUGAUAAGUGCUUGGUAAAUUGAAAAAAAAAAAAAACAGUACAUGUGUUAGUUGAUUUAUGACCUUUUUUAUAUUUAUUUAAAUUUGUAAAUUGCAUUUCAAAAAAAACAAAAACAGUGAAGUAACAAAAUUAAAGAACUAUCUUUUUUUUUCUAUUUUUUUGUAACGGGGGGGGGAGGGGGGGAAAGCUUUAAAUAAGUGUUGAAUUUUAAUUACUCUAAAAUUCUCUAUAGCCCUUUAAGACUCCUUGUCGUUUGAUGCAAAGACUUACCUGUUACAACUAUUUCUAAUGUUAUCCUUUGUUUCAGAUAAAGGAGUGUUUUCCACAGCUCUUUCAGUCCUUGUAGAGAAGGAUUUAAAAUUAAACAGAAUUAAACCCAAAUCAAAGAUCCCAGCUGUAGUUCAUUUGGUAAAUACAAAUUUAUGUUAAAUUUUUUGAAAAGGAAAUCUUUUUUGUGUGUGGACUAACCUCUUAGCAACUAAGCUCUUUCCACAAAUCACCAUUAUGUUCUCACACAUUUUCAAAAUCUUUCACUGUAUUGGAACAUUGUCAGCAUUUUAUGUAAAAUUGAUUGAAAUAGAAAUUUGGUUAUUGGAAAUAGAUAUACUAGUGCUUUUUGGAGGAAUAAAAAAUGUGUGAUUUUUUAUUGGAAGUAGGAAGUUAAGUUUAUUUGGAAUAGAAAAAAAAAAUUGUGCUUUUAUUGGGAAUAGAAACAUUAAAUUUUGAACCUACACUUUAUUAGUGUGAAAUAAUUUUUGGCAUUAUCAUAUUAACAACUAACUCUGUGUAAAAAAAAAAAAAGGUGAUGCUGACCAAUCAAGAGCUGUGGAUUGACUUCUCUUUUUAAAUACUUUUCCAAAAGAUGAAGUCCUUCUUACAUGGUAUUAAGUUUUCUUAUUUAACUACGUGUUAACUUUUCUGGUUCGUCAAUGCUAGUGCUUCCAAAAGAUGCUGUACUAUAUGGUAUUAAGUUUUCUUGUUCACUACUUUCUAAAAGAUGAUGUCCUACAUUUACCAGUCUGGGAAUAGCACUGAAGGGGUUUUUGUAAAACAAUCUGCAACUCAGAUAACAAAGGUAUGAAUAGUUUUGCUUGUUUGCUUUGACUCGGCUUUGGCAAGUUUCAGAAGAGUUUUUGAAUCAAUUAUUUAAUAAGUCACGUUCAAAUUUUCAUUACAGGUAGAAAUAUAAGAUCAAUAAAAUAUCUGGUUGGACACAGGACUCCAAUACUAGAAUCAUUAAUAAUAAAUUUACUGAUACUAUCACUGAUACAUAACCAAAUGGUUAUAAAACACAAUAUAUUAAGAGGCAUUUUUUUGUGUUGAUAGCGGCAGAUAGCCUACAUUUUUUUAGUAUGGUAUUUACCUAAUUAACUUUAUAAUAAUUGAUGAACAAAUGUUGAGGAUCUCUUUUGAGUUAGAUCUGUCUAUAGCACAUAGUCACAUAGUAAAAAUGUGCAUGAUGCCUAGUUUGAGCUCUGCAUGAAGUUCACAUCUUGAUAAGUAUUGGUAGACUACGUGCCUGCCGAUGGUCCAAUCUUUGAUUCCCUGAUAUGUAUUGAUAGAAUACUUGCCUGCCAAUGGUCCAGUGUUUGAUUCCUUGUCAUUUAACUUCUUUUCCAAUCUACUUUUAAUUAUUUUUAAUCCUGUUAAUGUGAUUGAAUAGAAAGAAUGUCACACCUCUAAUAAAUUUGUGAUAUAUAUAUAUAUUAUAUAUAUUUGUGUUUCUUGGUUGUACAACCUUGUAGUCUUGUCACAGCUCAUUUUACUUUUUUAAUUCUUUGUCAACUCGUGUCUCCCUCCAGGAACUAUGCAAGGAUUUAGAAGACAAUUUCUAUAAAAACCCUAACUACACUAUAGAUAGGAAAUAUACUCCGGUUGAUGUUGCUGUCGUCAUGACAGAAUUCUUAAAGCAACUACCAGCACCGCUUGUGUCUACAACUAAAGUUGAUGUCUAUCCAGAAGUUUGUUGUGAGUCGUUUCAUGAACUUAUUGUUUUGCCAUGGAACUGACACAUACAGUGUUUGGUAUUAGAUGCACAAAGUUGAUUGUUUCUGUCAAAUGAAGAAACAUCUUCUGAACUUAUUUAAAUUUUAUGUUUACGAUUAUGAUCCCUACGAGUUAUAGUCCAGCAAGCAACGCGUGAACUUCCAUCUACUUAAGAUACUUGACAAAACAUACUUUCAAGUAAUGUACUUUAUAAAAUUCCCAUUUAGAUACUUGACAAAACAUACUUUCAAGAAAUGUACUUUAUAAAAUUCCCAUUUAGAUGUCUUUUGAGAGACACAUAAAUUUCUUUUAAAUUCUCUUUCCUCGUUUUCUUUAAGUAUUUUGGAGAUAUUUUGGCUAGUUAUUUACCAACUUAAAUAAUAAAAAUAAAAAUGAUUAACCUUGCCUUUCUGUACCAUAGCUCUAUCUUUCCUGGAUAAACAAAUCAAGGCUAUGAAUCUCUAUUUUCUCAUGAUGGAGCCAGCACAUAGAGAAACAUUACAGGUAAGAAUCCUAGAUUAAUUGGGUUCUAUAGGCCUAUUCAUUGGUGGCUAAAAGCAAUCUGACACUUGGAAUUUUAAAUAAUGGACUGUAUUGUAGUUUAUGCCAUUUUAAAAGGAAAAAGACUUUCUGUCACUAGCACAAAAUUUGGGCUCACCCUAUUCUCAAAAUGGAGUCGUUUUUCAGUGUAAGCCAAGUUCCUAUCACAUCAGUAUUUAGCUUUGCUGUAAACAGCUUUCAUCCUAAAAGUACUGGUACCAACUUCCUUUUGAUGUUGAUGAUGGAUUUUUCUUUCCAACCAACAAUUCUCCAAAGAACAGUCUGAAAGGAUAAAUCAAAUAAAUAUUAAAAUCAUUAUAACUUAAGGUUCAAAUAAGUAUGCUACUUCCCUGUUGUUACCAAACAUGUUUUUAAUUCUGUUUUUGGAAACUAAUAAUUUUCAGCAGCAAUGAAGAGUGCAUUAACACUCAACUAAUUCAUAUCCAUAGAUAAACGUGGUAAAAUAUUAUUACAGCACACAGAUUUAACAAUAAUCUUUUGUGUCUGCUACAAUAAAUAAUUUUUUGAUAUUUAAUGUGAAUGGCACUAAAGAUGCCUUAAUCCAUUGAUUCUGUCAACCUACCUAGAAAUAUAUUCGAAAAGUAAACCAUUGCCAAUACUUAACUAUAAAUGUUUGAUUGGUUGAUUGAUCUAUUAAGUAAGUGACAAUCACAAGAUUUUUUGCAUGGUCUGUUAUGUAACAAGUACAUAAGAACAACAUUUUCAUCUUACAUAAAUUCUAUUAUUGUUUUUUUUUCCCCUAAUUAUAGAUUUUACUAGCUGCCUUACACUAUUCUGUUCGUAAACAAGAAGUAACAGAAGCAGAUCUUGGUGUCAAACUUGGCCCAGUGCUGUUUAAAAUGCGAGAUAAAAUUAGUACUUCAGAAUCAGUGACAAAAGCUAAUGAAUAUGAAAAUCUUGUGAGAGUCAUGGUCCACUACAGUGAUAAUCUGUUUAUUGUAAGUUGUUCUUUUUUUUUUUUGCCUCAUUUUUCCUCUCAUUAAAUAUAAUUGCACAUUUUGCCUCUCAGUUGUUAAUUUUUGCAGUCACUUAUGUGUGAAAGGCUGUAAACAAAACCAUGUAAAUAAUGACACAAUAACUGAAACUCUUGCACAGUAGCCAUAAAAUGACAUCCACACUGUGGAUUUGUUGCAGCCACAAAGCUCAGUGGUGAAUCCAUGUUGAGAAUUCAUGGCACAGACAUCCCACAUUCACAAGGAGCAGCCACAUUAUGCAUCUGAUGCAGAACUAUUAUUUUUAAAUGCAAUUUUAUCAACAUUUGUAAAAAAAAAUAAAAAAUUCAGAUGUUUUUUUUUAUUACUACUCCAUUUUCUACAAGUUUCUAUGCUACUAUCAUGCCAGCUGAGGAUAACUCAUAGGAAGUGAUAAAAAUAUGGCAUUGUUUCUGAAUAUUGCCAGCAAACCAAUAUGCUCCAACACUGAAAAAAAAAUAGGGAAAAUAAAACUCUGUGUCUAAGAGUGUCUGUCUCUUUAAAUCUUUUUGCUGUCGAAGGCUUCUUGGCCAAAAAAAUAACUUCUGUUAUUCUCCUGCUUCAGGUUUUCCUGUAGUCUACCGUUUGUAUAAAUUCACAAUAAAAAAACAUAACUCUGUUUUUACUGGCACAAUAACCAUAACUCUGACACAAUAACCAUAACUCUGGCACAAUAACCUUAACUCUGUAAAAAUUGUCACGAUAACAAUAACUUUGGCAUAAUAACCAUAACUCUGACAAUAAUCAUAGCUCUGUAAAACUUAUAUUAAAACUAAAAUGUCACAAAUACACCACAUUUAAAUUAUUUUAAAAAGAAAUUUUACCAAUUAACAGUAAUUGGUUAAGUUCUAACUGCAUCUAAAAUACAUCUGCUAUGAUUGCCAUAAUGAUAAUUCCAUAUUUUCUAUUUUAGUUAUUAAGAGAUUUUAAAUAAAAUCAUUAUCUACAAAUCAUAAACAGAAUAUGAUUAUCCAUGUGCCAAAAUGGUUCAACAUUUACCCAAGACCAGUGGUUCUUAACCUUUUUGGAGGUACCGAACCCCACCAGUUUCAUAUGCACAUUCACCGAACCCUUCUUAAUAGGAAAAAUAAAAUAUGAUUUUUUUUUGGACCUUUGCCGAACCCCUGAGGCUGACUCACAGAACCCCCGGGGUUCGAUCGAACCCAGGUUAAGAACCACUGCCCUAGACUGUCCAUUUUUAUAAUCAUUCAAUAAAUUCUGUUUCACCAAUCAUUUGUAUAACUGAUGCAAUUGGAUCACAUGGGCAUGGUAACAUCUUUUCAAAUGAUGAACAUUAUCUAUCCAACCAAUUUGUGAUACUUAUCAAAACAAAACUGUGAGAAGUCAACUUUUACAUUUAUAUUCUGUAAUUUUAAAUGAACAAAUUACCGGUAUGUCAAGAAUUGUUUUUGUUGCAGAUAAGCACAUAUUCUGCUCAUGGCAUGCCAGCCCAAGUCCACUAAUGUUUACCGUCUGCAUUAAAUAGAAUUCUAAAGUUUUAUUUUUUAUUCAGAAUAAUAGUAGUAAUAUAAAACAAAGAGCUAACAAAAUUUUAAGACAAACAAAAUUUAUAUUAAAUGUACAGAUUCCACCUGAAAUACUCAGCGGACUAAGAUACCAGUAUAUGGUUGGUGAAAAACCCAAGUUCAAAUUAUUUGUAAGUUUUUUGUGUUGUCUCUCUAGUUAAAAUUUAAAUACAAAAUUAGAAAGUUAAAGAGAGAAAACACAAGACUAUUAUAUUUAAAAACUGAAAAUUCUUAAAUACCAUCUAAGUUAACCUACAUUUUACUCGAAACUGUUAUCUUUUAAAAUAUAUUUUUUGGUGUGGAAUAAUUUGCUCAAGCUCAGCUCCUGUAUGUCUCAUUCCAGUUAUUUUGCUUUCUAAUUAAAUUUUUUGUUAUUUUUCCUCUUUGUGUGUUCAUCUCCCACUAAAUUUUUGUUUGGGAAUGUUCACAAAUUUAAUUUUUCUCACCACAUAUUUUAUUUUAGACCUCUAUUCAAACAUAUUAUUAAACCAAAGAGUGUAAUCAAAGCAAUCCUCAGACCUUAUAAUAAGAAGUGAGCUAAUAAGUUUUGUUGUACAUUAAAAGUACAAGAGAAACAAAGAAAAAAUAUUUAUAAAACUGUAAUCAGACCACUUGUAACAUAUGCAAGUGAAACUUGGACCCUAACAAAAACGGCAGAAAACCUAUUAAACACAUGGGAGAGGAAAGUUCUCAGGAAAAUAUAUGGACCAACAAAGGAUGAAUAUGGAUGGAGAAUACGAACCAACCAUGAAUUGUACAGUCUAUAUCAGGAUCCCACGAUAGUAGCAGAAAUAAAAAGUGGCAGGCUACGCUGGGCAGGACACUUAGAGAGAAUGCCAAAUGACAGAGGAACGAAGAGGGUGCAUCAUCAAUACCCCAGAGGAAAACGGCUCGAAGGCAGACCUAGGCUUAGAUGGAUGGAUGAUGUGGAAAAGAUCUAAAACAACUGAAAGUCUAAGCAUGGAAAAGAAAGGCAUUAGUUAGGUCUGAGUGGAAGGAAGUGGUGAGGCAUGCCAAAGCCCUACAUGGGCUGUAGCGACACAGGGAUGGAUGUACAUUUAAAGAGGUUUUUUUUUUUAUGUAAACUUUUUUGAACACCAUUUAAAGUGUUUUGGUUUUAUUUUUAUUUUACUGACAAGCACUGUCUUUCCUACCAUCCUUCCUUAAAGUCAUAGUGAUGAAUUAAGAUUUAUGUCUUCAUGAUUUCAGAAUUUCCCAUGGAAAAAGAAGACAGAACAAUUAAAGGUAUUAGAUUUAAAUUCUUUGAAACAGUGUUUCCUUACUACUUCAAAGCAACCCAUACAAAUUGUUUGACUAAAUCUUGUGGGCCCCUCCCCCCCCCCCCCCCCCCCCACCCCCCCCCCCGUAUUGUUAUGCAAAAUCACACACCCCAUUAAAAGCAAAAAUAUAUUUUACAAUUUGAACAAGAUGGACUUCUAAUUUUUUUUUAGAUUGCAAAGAUAACUGUUAGAGUCUUACUAAAAUAAAAUUGUGACUUAUUAAAGAAAAAUGUAAAUGAAAAUUUAAAAAAAAUAUAUAUAUAUAAAUAAAGAUUUAUAUUAAACUUCAAAAUUAAUAUGUCCUCUGUUAGUAUAUUUACUUUUCCUUACACCCAUGUUAGAAACCCUGAUUUAGAAGUUAAUAGCUAUUUAUUUGGUGGAUUUUAUUUUUAUUAUUACUAUUAUUGGUCUCAUAGCGGGGUACCCAAGCCUAGGGCUGGGCUCACAGCGCUGCAUAUAAAAAUAUUAGAAAACAUAAUCAUGAAAUUAAAAAAAUAAUAUUUUUUGGUCAUUUAUAAGUUAACUGUCAUCAGUUUGGCGAUAAUUUUUAUCUAUAGCUUAACUGUCCUCUAUAGCUUAACUGUCCUAUAUGAAUUGUACAUUGUGAUUUAUAAAAAAAUAUUCAUCAUUCUGUUUGUAAAUUGUCACCUAUGCUGUGGAUUAUGUUUUUUUUAAAAUUAACUGCCAUACAUGUACAUUGUUCUCUGUUAAAUAGCCACUGUAUUUUGCUUUAUAUGGCCGGGGGAUAUGGGUAAUAUUUUCAAUGAAAAUAGUGUAGCAGAACUCUGAUCAUUAGAGUUGUUCUGAAAAUUAUUAAGUAAGACAAUCAGCGGUUCGGCAACUGUGAAUUAACUUAUGUUUUAAGUCGGUUAGCCCUUUUGCUAUGCAAACUUUUUAAAAUUGUUAAGUUGUGUCUAUUCCACACGAGGCAAAGUUCAAUUUUUAGGCUCAGAAUGAAUGAUUGACUGAAACUUGUUCUAUUCAGUUUUAGUGCUGUUAAGAAUAAGAGUAUUGAAAGGGUUAAUGAGAUUUACCAUUGUCUGUCUUCAGGAUAGCAUUAGCUCUUGGAAAAACGAGAUUAAGAAAGAAGAAGACCCAGAAAUAGUGGUAAAUUAUUUUGAUAAUAUCAUUAACGCGAGGGGUAGAGAUUUUAAUUGGCAUUUCCUCUUUGUAAGCACAUCUCAACUUUUGAUGCUUUUUAUAAAGUUGAAGAAAUCUUCCAUCUUUUGUAUUUCUUACCGCAUGUUUUGUAUGUUAAUUUCUGCUAAUUUAGGGCUAUAAAUUGACAGCUUUUGAUCACAUUUGAAAGCUUAUUAAAAACAGUGUUCAGAAUUUCUUCACUGUUCUAGUCCAUGUCAUAUCAAAAGUGGGAUCAUGAAUGUGCUAAAGUUUUCUUAAAGGAAAGAAUGAAAUUAUCAAUAUUUCCCUGAUAUGUCACAAAAUGUUUACAAAUUGGUCCAUUGGUAUUUUAUUAUUAUUUAUUUUAUAAUUCAUUUUUGGACAUGGUAUUUUCUAUACUUUUUAAAAAGUAAAUUUGAUAUUUUUUAUGUGAGGUAAUCAGUCAAACAAAUUACCAAUAAAAUCCUAUGGGGGAAAAUGUACCUGCAAUAAUGGGAUAGUUGAGAGUUUGUUAACAAAGUAACAGAAUAUAAAAGGAUCAUUGGCAAGAAAUACACUGGUUGGGUGUUAUGCUUAAAAUCUAGUAUUUUAAACAGCAAUUCCAUGAAAAUCUAAUAUUUGGUGGAUGCAAUAAAAAGAUUUUAAAAAUUGUACUGAAUGUUUUUUUUUAAAUUUGAAAUUUAUCACCCGACAAUACAUUUAUUUAAGAUUAAUUAAAUCUGUCACAAAACUUUGUCUUCCAUUGCAGCCCAUAACGAUAAGUAAGAUAAAGAUAAGUAAGGCUAAGUCCUAAUUGAUAUAAUAUUCUGGUCAUCCAUAUACAACAUAUUUAUUUUAAAGUCUGUCAUUUCAAAAUUAGGCUGCUAGCAAAGGGCUACAGAAACACUGGGACUUUUUGUCUUACUUAUAAAAUUGGGGCUAAAUUUUGAAAUGUGACAUGUAUUUUUUCCAUUUAAAACAAAAUACAGAUGACAGGUGUUCUAUUACAUUUUUAUGCAUGUGUUAACUAUUUUAUACCCAUAAGAUUGAAUGGUACUGAAAACAUUUAUUAUUUUUAUAUAUCUGUGGUGGGAGAGACAUUUUAGAGGAGAUUGAAGAAUUAAAUUGUUGGUCAACCUUUUCAUGCCAUUUGAACAGUUGCAUGAAUACUUAAACCCUUUAGUCUUACUGGCUUUGAUCCCAGCCUGGUCAGUUACAGAAUCUCAUUAUUCCAAGAAGGAUACAUUUAUACUAGGCGGACCAUCACUUAGCAAUAGGUAAUGCCAACAGCGGAUGACUCUUUAAAUGUUCAAUUACAUUUAUUCUCUUAGGACAUACAAAGGCCAACGGAGCUUGAAGUGGAAGCACCAGACUUGCCUGAAAAAACCAAGAAGAUCCGUCUUGAUGCUAAAACGUCAGCUGAUGAUGUUGUGUUUCAGUACACAGGGAAAAAUAUGUCAGUAUUAGAGAUAAGUUUGAUCAUUCAAACACAAAUACCCUAUUUUCGCUUAUAUAAGAGGCAUCUUACACAAAGGGUGCAUCUUAUCUAUGGUUAUAUAAAUUGCUCAGUGCAGCAGAUGGCUGGGCCGCGUGCGUCUUACGUAAUUUAGCUUACACAAAUUGUUGAAACCAGCAUCUUAUGUACGGGUAUGUCUUAAAUGCACGAAUCUAGGCAGGGUUUCUACUUGCUUGGGGAAAGCAAAGCUUCUCAAAUAGAUUGCAAUGUGCACAAAGCCUUGUCGCUUGCAACCAUUAACACCAUUGUGUACUUAUGUUGCAACCAAUCACCCCAUUUUUUCUAAAUUUUGCAUAUUUUAUGUACCCAAAUGCCUUCUUUUUUAGCAUUGGUAAUUAACAUUUUUUGAAGAAAAAAAAGGUUAAACCUAACAUGAAAAAAGAAAUGGAAAAUUCCAGACAAGAUGAUAAAAUUUUUUAAAAAAUAUGCAACCGAUUAUGUUUGAAACUGACUCUGUUUUUAAGACUUUUGAGAGAUCAUUUAAUUUACUAACAAAAUACCAAUUGAUUAUAGAAUAAGACUCAAUGGCCAAACAAUCACUUUUAUUUUAAAUUUUGAACUUAGAACAAACACUAUUUGUUGUUUAGGAUUCAUAACUUGUCCAAACAUAAUAGAUGUGAUAAAAAAAAAUGUAUUUUUUUUUGUUUUUCAAUUAGUGAUCAUUAUUUUUUUCCUUUGUACCAGGCUCAAAAAUUCAUAACAAUCUACUGUAUUUUGUUACAGGAAAUAACACUGUAAAGAGUACAUUAUUUUGAUGACAUUGUUAAAAUUCUAUUUCACUGCAGACCAAGACCUCCGUACAUUACAGAGCUGAAGGUCAAACUGGCAUCAAUGCGCCCAUUACAGGCUCUAGAUGAUUCAAAAGAGUCCUUAAAUUUGUAUGAAGUUGGCGGAAACAUUGGUAAACUAUUAUUUUAAUCUCUCUUGCAUUAUGCACAUGAGGGCAAGGGGUCAAUCCAUUUAACAAUAAUCUAAUUAGGAUUUGUUUAAUUGUAAAAAAUGCAAAAACAAAACAAAACACAUCAGAGAAGAUAAGGCCAUGUUGCUUGCAGAAAAUCACCCGCAAUCUCAUAACUUAAGUGCCCAUUACAGAAAGAAUGUUGUGAUUACUCUUUAUUUGCUGCCCAGGCUUAAACCAACUUGUAAAAAAACCUACAUUGAAGCUGUACACUAAUGGUAGAUUCUGAUUGUUCCCCAUCUUCACAGCACUAACAACCACAGUUGUAGGUUUUAAACAUUUGCCAAUUGUUAUACCCAAUUUAUGUGUUGAACACCCUAAAAUCAGUAUUUUAGUAGCUCUUCACUGGAAUUAAAGUUAACUGUAAUUAGUUAAACACAUUAUAACCAUAGGACUUUGACCAGCAUCAUUAUGACAUUAUUUCCCAUCAUAUCCAUGAUUAACAAAAAAUUGUGAAUACCCUGCCCUUGGCUGCACAUGUUUUUAAAAUUUUUACUUGCAUCCUUAAUGAAUUUCCUAUACAUUAGUAGAAGAAAUAUUUGUCAUUAUGUUCAAAUUUAUUCUCUAAUUUUUUUUUUCAUUAUGGAGGACUAUGUUGUCUACACCUUGCACCAUCCAAAUGUGCGUUGACAAUUUGCCACUAUUAUAAAAGCUUUAUACAAACCAUACAUUUCAAAUAAGAUAUCAAAACAUGGAUUGAAUAUGAUUAUUUAUAUGUACAAAUAACAAUGAUAUAGCAGUAGCAACAAAGAACUGACUACUCAAUAAAUUAUUUCUUAACAAUGAACUGACAAACCAGUGACAUGUUUAAGCUCCAUUAAAAUUCUGUGCAAUGUUUGAAAGUGUCUUGUAGCAUUUUAGAUAGCAAGUUAUUCAUUUUUAUGUCUGUAAUAUCCUAUUUCAGACAUUAUUAGACUAAACACUAGCAUCUGGUUAUUAGACAUUUUAUUAAUAAGGGGAGGGUGCUGCACUUAGAUUAGGUAGAAGGAAAUAUGUGAAAUAUGUAAGGGAAAUCUGAAAAUAUGUGAAUCUAGGUAAGGAAAAAUCUGAAAAUUGGAUGCAACUAAAAAAACUUUUUUAGGUUUUCCCUAAUCUAGGUUCACAAGAUGCUAUAUGGAAUAAAACAAUUGAUCAAGAAUCUCAGAAAAAUAUUUUGAAUUGAACACAAAUAAUUCUUACUAUUAAAUAGCUUCACAAAAUUGUACAACACAUUUUUUGUCAGUGAUUCUCACACCUUGAACAAUAAACUUUUUUGUGUGCUCAGGUGAAAGACGUCUACAUCCCAGCACACUGAUCCAAGAUCUGUACUUGGUGAACCCCACUGCCAAAUUUGUGAUCAAAGCAUAAGACUAUUACUACCAAGUCAUUUACAGCAAAUGAAUUUUAUUAUAGCAGUAAUUAGUAAUAAGAGAAUGUAUUUUAUAUUUAUUUUAUUAUUUCAUUAUUAUUGAAGUUAAACUGCUAGAAAAGGGGACUACAUUAGUGUCAUCGUUGGCCUUCUAAUGCUUGAGUAGUACCUGAUUUGUUACUUCUGAUAAAAAAAUAAAAUUGUCCAAUAUUUAUUGUAGGCCUAUAUAUUAAUAUUAUUUUUAUAAUGUUUGUCUUCUUCAGGGUUAUCGAAAGUAAGUUACUUGUCUAAUUUGCUAUGUAUUAUUAUUCUAUAUUAUCAUAUGUUAUAAAUUUUACAAUAUUUCACACAACAUUCCCAAAUUUUUUUUUUCCUUUAUACAAAAUUUGUUAUAUAAAAGUUUUUAUUUAUGAAUAAAAUAUACAGAGC